AAUGGGAGAAGGGUCUUAGGCUUAUUAUCUAUGUUUCUCUCUCUGCUUUUAUUUUACGCUGCAGUUCGUGCAUUUUCGCCUGCAAUUUUUGAAAGCAGUAAUCCAUCUUCUUCUCUUUGUCUAAUAUACAACUCUACCCAGUUUUACUCUUUUAAAGUGGAAAGUUUUGAGAAGAUUUGAGUUCAGAUGUCUCCGCCACUGCUCGGUGUGGAGGAGGAAGGGCAGAGUAGUGUUUCUUCUCCACCUGUUGACUGUCUCCCCCCAAAUGGCUUGGAGAUAAAGGAGUGGAAUUAUCAUGGAUUAUCGGUUUUUUCUUCGGUUGACAGCUCUAGUGUCACCGGCUUAUCAGAGUAUAACAAGAAUAAUCUGAAUCUGAAGGCUACCGAACUGAGGCUUGGUCUUCCAGGAUCCCAGUCCCCUGAGAGAAAAACCGAGCUUUGCUUGCUGAACUCGGGGAAACUCGACGAGAAGACAUUGUUUCCUUUACUUCCUUCUAAAGAUCGAAUCUGCUCGUCAUCACAGAAAUGUGUUGCUGCCGGACACAAAAGGGGGUUCUCCGACACCAUGGAUGGAUUAUCCGAGGUAAAAGGCACCAUGUACACCGAAAAAAAUUGGAUGUUCCAUGGUGCCGGUCUGGACUCUCAAUCUCCGCAACCUCUGUCACAUGGAAAAUACUCUGUACCUCAAGCAUCCGUAAAGAAAGAUGUGCCUGCAAAUGCUAUACAAGAACGACCUUGUGCCACUAAUAAAACCAAUCUUAACCGUACGGGCGUUUCUAACAACAGCAGCAGUGCACCCGCUGCUAAGGCUCAGGUUGUUGGUUGGCCUCCAGUGAGAUCAUAUAGGACUAAAACCCUGGCCACUUCAUCAAAGAACAAUGACGAAGUUGAUGGAAAACCAGGGCCUGCUGCCCUUUUUGUCAAGGUCAGUAUGGACGGAGCUCCUUAUCUGAGGAAGGUUGAUUUGAGAAUGUAUUCGACCUAUCGGGAACUGUCUUCUUCUCUGGAGAAGAUGUUCAGCUGUUUUACCCUUGGUCAAUGUGGGGCUCAUGCUGCUCCCGGGAAGGAAAUCUUGAGUGAGAGCAAGUUGAAGGAUCUUUUUCAUGGAUCAGAAUAUGUGCUUACAUAUGAAGAUAAAGAUGGUGACUGGAUGCUGGUCGGGGAUGUUCCAUGGGAGAUGUUCAUUGAAACAUGCAAGAGGUUGAAAAUCAUGAAGAGCACUGAUGCGAUCGGAUUAGCUCCUAGAGCAAUGGACAAAUCCAAGAAAGACUGUUAAACAUGAUUGAUGAUUCCGACAGCCAAAUUUGUAGCUGAAAGUUCCUUUUUGUGGAGGAAGCUGCGGUAACGGAGUGCUGUGUGCUGUAAGGAAGAUUAUUAUCAUAAUCCAGUGUCAUCUAUGUUUUGAUUGCACAAAGUUUGGUGCCUGUUAGAAGUUUAUGAUAAUUGUUCAGUGUUGAUCCAAAAAAAAAAGUUAUUGUAGUAGGAACCCGUAAUGUUUUAGAUGUACCGAAUUCUGUUAAAUGUGUGUU